AUGAAUGCAUGUAUUUUAGCUGAAUAUUUGGCAGAGAGGUAUGGUGAAGAGUGGAGGAGCAAUCCCACUUGGAAAAUCAAGACAUUCAGAGCUAGGGUGCUAAGUGAUUUAGGAAUACACAUUGGGUAUUCGCUGGCUUGGUUAGAAAGAGCCAGAGAAAAGUUCAUGAAUUAUGGCUCCGCAACAGAGCAAUAUGCAAUAAUUUGGGAUUAUGGCAAGGCUAUGAUAAAGUACUAUCUAGGAAGUGGGGUGUAUGUGGUGGUUGAGGGAGUAGACAGAACAGAGCCCCCUCUAUUCAUGAGGAUGUACAUGUGCUUGGCUGCAUUGAAGAAUGGUUUUAAUAAAGGUUGUAGGCCUCUCAUUGGCCUAGAUGGAUGUCAUUUGAAAGGGGCCUAUCCUGGGAAAAUAAUUAUUUCAUUUGCCAAGGAUGGGAAUAAUCAAAUUUUCCCCUUUGCAUGGGCAACAAUGGAGGUAGAGAACAAAGACACUUGGUGCUGGUUCAUUCAGGGUCUGCAGAAGGACAUUGGAGAUUGCAGUAAAGGCUUGGGACUGACAUUCAUGAGUGAUAGACAAAAGGGAUUGCUUGAAGCCUUUGAUGAAUUAGUCCCAAAUCCUAAGAAGAGAUUCUGUGAAUUGUUUUGGAAUGCAGCAAGAGCAUCCACUUUGAGUGUAUGCCUUGCUUUGUUCAAUUUUGACUUUGAGGUUGCAAUGGAGUCCAUUAAGUUCUUAUCAGAAUAUGAAUAUGAGUAUUUAGCAAAUAUAUCACCAUCACAUUGGUCAAGACAUGCAUUUUCUGAUUGGUGUAAGUCCAACAUGUUGUUGAACAAUCUUUGUAAAACUUUCAAUGCUGUAAUAAAAGAUGCAAGAGAUAAGCCCAUUCUCACUCAGAUGGAGUGGAUGAGGUGUUACAUGAUGAAGAGGAACUAUAAAAAGUGGGAGGCAGUUCAAAAAAUGGAAGGGAAGAACAUGCCUUAUGUGAGUAAGGUUUUUGGGAGGAUUGAAAGGGCUGCUAGAUAUUGCAUUGUCCAACUGUCUAGGGGGGAUAGUUAUGAAGUUGAAUUGAAUGGGUAUAAGGUGGUGGUUGACCUGAAGAUGAAUUCAUGCUCUUGUUAUCACUGGCAGCUUACAGGCAUACCAUGUGUACAUGCUUAUGCUUGUAUACUUGACAAAAGGGUGGAUCCAGAUGACUAUGUGGAUGCUUACUAUAGUAGGGCAACCUAUAUUCUUGCAUACCAAGAUGCAAUCAACCCUAUGUCAGGCCCUAAGCAUUGGGAGAAGAUAGACUUGAGACAACCACUCCCACCUGCAGUUAGGAGUUGUGGAUCUACACCUAAAAUUGAAGCCCCAGCAGCCUCUGAGCCAAAGGUGUCAUCCAAGCCUGUCCUCAACACACCAUGGCUGCAGGAACAGAGGAGAAAGAAAGCUCAGAGGGCUGCUACUAAUCUACUGUUGGACCUACCAGUAUUGAACAAGACAUUUACACAAGAACAACAGAAGCAGCAAGGUCAAAGCUCCCAGCCUGUUACUUGCAGCCAAAAUACUCAAGCCUCAACAACAGCACCGGCAACAAGGUCAAAGGCAAAGGGAAAGAACAAAGUUGGUUGA